AUGACGGAGUCCAUGACUGUCGAGGAAAGGAAUCGCUGCAUAACAGCCUUUCAACAAUUUUCCUGGCUUAAAAAUGGCAAGAUCCGAGUAAAAAAACUAGCCCGGGUUAUGCGAAGAGCCGGAUUUGCACCCACAGAUGAGGAAUUGGAGAAGGUCUUUCAAAGUUGCCGAGGUCAGGCAAAUAUCACUGAGAAGAUGUUUUUGAUACUCAUGGAAGAGUAUAAAUCCGAUCUCCAAAUCACUCAGGAUCUGCACGAGGCAUUUCGACUCUUUGAUGAAAGCGGAGAAGGCUACUUUACGAUUAGCAAAUUACGAGACCUGCUGAUAGCAGGCGACGAAACUCUGACCGAGGAGGAUGUUGAGGCGCUUUGCAGUCAAGCGGACUCUAAUGGUGACGGGAAAGUCUGCUUUAGUGGUAAAUACUAUUUAUCUUACUCCUUUACGGCCUGUCUAGCAGAUUUAAUGCAAGCUAUGUGA